AUGGGCUGGACAAUGUUUGAACAGUUUAAAGUAUCACAAAAUGUGGGUACAAGGAGAGUAAAUAACACAUUAAUAGAUAAACAAGCACCACAAAUUGUUUUUUUAUGGAAUAAAGAAGGAAAAGAUUUUAAUACAAGUUACAUUGAUAAUUUUUUACCUCAAUCGUCGAACAUUUUUCAGGAUUUUAAUCCAAGUGGGAGUUUUGUAUGGACGGUCGAACGAUUGGUUUGUAAUUACGGUCCUGGAAGUGAAAGAGGAAAACAAAUUUAUAAAAGGGGAGCUCCUUGCGAAUCGUGCCCCCCAGGAACUGAAUGCAGUCAAACUAUUCCUGGAUUAUGUGCAUUGAAAGAAAAUCUAAAAAACGUCGAAAGUGGUGGCACGAAUAAAUUUUUAAAUCAAAAAUACAAUGAAAAUGCGGAAUUUGUAUUUGAAGGAACAGAAAAAAAACCAUUGUCAUCAAAUGACAAGAUGAAUAAAAAGAAAAAAGUUGAUUGUUGUAACAAAGGGAUAUGGUCUUUAUCAGACAAGAAAAGAAUUAUUAGAGAAAUUCUAAAACAGAUGAAACCAGCCGAUUCAGAUGAUGAAAAAUUAUGCGAUUGCAUUGAAGUUGUUACUGCGGGUGCCAACAACAAUUUCAUUUUAUUUAAAAAAAAUAAAUUUUUAUUAUUAUUAAUAUCGUUUAUCAUAAAUAUGAUUGUAGAAAGCGCUAUCUAG